AUUUCUGCCACGUUUCUUUUUCAACUAACAACAUGAAAUCCAUUCAUAAAGCUUUGGCUGCUCUUUUUGCUUUGAUUCUUUUCCAUUUGUUCAUCUCCUCCCAACCGUCCGUCCUCUGUGAUAGAACCAUUCUGAAGAUCAGAACGCAACCAAGGAGAUUGCUAGGUUCUUUUGCUUCCUUUUCUGCUAAUCAAAACAAGUUGAGUGGAGCUACUCAAGAUUCCAAGAAAGCUGUGGAGACAGGUCUAAGGAAAGCCCCACCAAGUGGUUCAAAUCCUAUACAGAACAAGUAAUAGAACAGUGUUUGUGUAGAGAUCUCAGGAAGAAAGAGAAACAAGUCUUCUUUCUGCAUUUUUGCAGUUGUCUUACUUUUAUGUUUGAUAGGCAGGAGAAUUGGAUCUCAAUACAGUCCCUCCUAAUUUUUCCUCUGUGCGUCAAAAAAUUAUUCUAUAUUUUCUUGGAAGUCUUUGUUUUAAAGUAGAUUUAGAAGAAGAUGAGGUGAAAGUAUAUUUAGGUAACCCUGUAAGAACACAUUAUAUAUAGUAUAGUUCUUUUUCAGAAGAUCUGCAGUUUCUCGUCAGUGACUUGUUUGCUAACAUUUCUGCAAAACAUGUACUUUGUCUCAGAAGAUCACCAGUUUGUCAUAGGUCUUCCGAGAGUAAUUCUUUUUUUCUUUUUUUUUUUCAAUUAUACAUUUUGCAGAAACUGCAAGAUGAUGUACCAUCUUCUCUCCUUUUCUUCCUAGUUUUCUACUCAUGGCUUCACAUGAUGAACAAAUGGACUGAUUGGCA